UCUCUCUCUCUCUCUCUCUCUCUCUAAAGCUGUAACAUGGAGAACAGAAGCUUAGAAAUCAACGUUAUUUCUGCCAGAGACAUCAAAGAUGUGAACCUCUUCUCCAAGAUGGACGUAUACGUCGCCGUCGCCGUCUUGCUCUCCGGCGACUCACAAUUGAUGCAAAAAGCCAAAACCAAAGUGGACCGAAACGGCGGCACCAGCCCCUCGUGGAAUAACUUCCCCAUGAAGUUCACCAUCGACGACUCCGCAGCCAACCAAAACCGCCUCCUCCUCGUCUUCAAACUCCGCUGUAAGCGCGGCCUCGGCGGCGACAAAGCCGUCGGCGAACUCUACGUGCCCGUCAAAGAGCUUCUCAACUACGUCGGAGACGGCAAGUCCAUGCAGUUCGUGAGUUACCAGGUGAGAAAACACUCAGGAAAGCCCGAAGGCGCACUAAACUUUUCCUACAGGUUUACCGAGAAACCGGCUUAUCCGGUUGAGCCUAGUGCGCCGCCAUUUCCUCCUUCCCCUCUUGGACCUUCUUCAUACCCGGUCAUAAAACCCGAAGAGUCGGACACCGCAUGUCGGCCGGUUCAGCCUACUGCACCGCCAUAUUUUUGUCCUCUUCCUCCUCCGGUAACAUAUGCAUAUAGUACGCCACUGCCGCCGCUGCCAUCAUACCAACAAUAUGUUGGGUACCCGCCUCCACCAGGAUACUGGUACCCGCCGCAGCCGGCGGUGCAGCCACCACGGAGGAAGUCCGGGAGAGGGUUUGGAGCUGGAUUGCUAGGAGGGAUUGGAGGGGCAUUGCUGUUGAAGGUCGCCUUGCUGGGAUGCUUCAUGCAGGCUAUGGCGCUAUGA